AUGGAGAAAGCUAAAGAAAACAUGGGAACUUCAAAUGUAGAGAAUGAAAAUGUGGAACUGAAUGGUGGAUCGCAAGGAAGUGUUGCUUCAAGUGUAACUGAGGUUGAAAUCCAACAACCACCUAUUCAAGGGAAUUAUAUUGCUAAAAUGAAGAUAAAAAAUUUCAAGCUCAACCAUAUGACUUUUGUUUCCACAAGAGGUGAAGGACCAAAGGGAAAGAAGACUGAAGGACUGUUAUACUCGUGUAAGAAGAAAGAUGAAGUGGAGAUAGUUUGUCUUUGUCAUGGUGAUCUUCUAAAUGCAGCUGAAUUUGUCGAACACACUGGUGGAGGUUAUGUAGAACACCCUUUAAACCAUAUAUUUAUUGAUGGAAAACAGAUUAAGUAG